AUGGCUUUUUUUCGGAGUUCGCAGCGGUCCAUUAAUGACAGCAGCUGGGUUGAGAUAAGCCUGCAGCUGCGCACAGAAGUUGAACUGUCUCUGCACCUGCAGAAGAACCAUUGCAAGCUGGCCAUGGCAGGAAAGAGAGCAUUAGUGAUCCUGUCUAAAGGUGCAGAGGAGAUGGAAACUGUUAUCCCUGUGGACAUCAUGCGCAGAGCCGGGAUUGCAGUAACGGUUGCAGGUCUGACAGGAAAAGAGCCCGUCCAGUGCAGCAGAAACGUCGUCAUCUGUCCCGAUGCUAGCCUAGAAGAAGCAAGCAAACAGGGACCAUAUGAUGUGGUGCUUUUGCCAGGGGGGAUGCCAGGGGCCCAAAACCUGGCAGAGUCUCCUGCUGUGAAGGAGGUGUUAAAGGAUCAAGAUGGCAGAAAAGGCCUGAUUGCAGCCAUCUGUGCAGGUCCUACUGCUCUUCUGGCACACGGCAUCGGCUAUGGCAGCACAGUCACCACCCAUCCCGGCAUGAAGGAGAAGAUGAUGGCAGGAGAUCACUAUAAAUAUUCAGAGGCUCGAGUACAGAAAGAUGGACAUUACAUCACCAGCCGUGGGCCAGGAACCAGUUUUGAGUUUGCCCUGACGAUCGUAGAGGAGCUCAUGGGAGCUGAGGUUGCAGCUCAAGUCAAGGCUCCCCUUAUCAUGAAAGACUGACUGUCACUUAACAAUCCAGCACGCAUCAAAGCAGUAUGCACCACUGCCUGCAUUCAAGUUUUGAAAUUACAGAGAAAUCUAAUUUAUGCUAGUAUGAAAUAAACCAGUUUCUCCAGUGAACUGGGCUCUGUUUCUGUUCUGACACUGAAAUAAUCUCUGAAAUACGAUAUGAUCAAUUUGACUGGGUGAAUUAAAAUGAAAUUGAUUUUCAUUCAUUGUGAAUUAUCACACAAAUGGGUUCUUCAUCCUUCCUACAGCUUCUGUUAUGCCACCUGUAAUUAAAGAUGUGACAAG